UACAACACAACACAAACAUAAGAAGGGAGAAAUCAAAAAUUAAAAUUUAAAAAAAAAAAAUGGCGACAUCCGUUACUACUCCAAAGCUCACUACCACCUUCUUCUACAAAAGGCUGCCGAUUUCACUUCCAAUUUCUUCUCACUUUCUCUCUCUUCCUAAAACCCUAGCUUCUCCUUCUCUUUCUUACGUUCAGAGCCACCACCACCACGGUCAACAUCAUCAACGUCGUCAUUUCUCCGUUCGAGCCGAGUCCGAGAAUGGAGCUGAGACCGCUCGUCAGUACGACUUCGACCUUUUCACUAUUGGCGCCGGUAGUGGCGGCGUCCGUGCAUCACGUUUUGCCUCUAAUUUCGGCGCUUCUGUUGCUGUCUGUGAGCUUCCGUUUUCAACAAUUUCUUCUGAGACCACCGGUGGCGUUGGUGGCACGUGUGUCCUUCGAGGAUGCGUACCAAAGAAACUAAUGGUGUAUGCAUCAAAAUUUUCUCAUGAAUUUGAUGAGAGUAAUGGGUUUGGUUGGAAAUAUGAGGUAGAACCGCAGCAUGAUUGGAGCACUUUGAUUGCUAACAAAAAUGCUGAGCUGCAGCGCCUUACUGGUAUCUACAAAAACGUUCUGAAAAAUGCUAAUGUCACAUUACUUGAAGGUCGUGGAAAGAUUGUGGACCCGCACACGGUCGAUGUAGAUGGAAAACUUUAUACAGCUAGGCACAUACUAAUCUCAGUUGGAGGACGUCCAUUCAUUCCUGACAUUCCUGGUAGUGAGCAUGCAAUAGAUUCAGAUGCUGCACUUGAUUUGCCAUCAAAGCCUAAGAAAAUUGCAAUAAUUGGUGGUGGAUACAUUGCCUUGGAGUUUGCUGGCAUCUUCAAUGGUCUGACAAGUGAUGUCCAUGUUUUUAUACGGCAGAAAAAAGUUUUAAGGGGUUUUGAUGAAGAGAUAAGAGACUUUGUUGCAGAACAGAUGUCUGUGAGAGGAAUUGAGUUUCACACAGAGGAGUCACCGGAGGCUAUCCUAAAGUCAGCAGAUGGUUCACUAUCUCUCAAGACUAACAAAGGAACAGUUGAAGGCUUCUCUCAUAUUAUGUUUGCAACUGGACGCAGGCCUAAUACAAAGAACUUAGGAUUGGAAAAGGUGGGUGUUAAAAUGAGCAAGAAUGGAGCAAUACAGGUUGAUGAAUACUCUCGUACCUCUGUUCCUUCCAUUUGGGCAGUUGGAGAUGUUACAGAUAGAAUAAAUUUGACUCCAGUUGCUUUAAUGGAGGGUGGGGCUCUAGCAAAAACUCUGUUUCAGGAUGAACCAACAAAACCUGAUUAUAGAGCUGUUCCGUCUGCUGUGUUUUGCCAACCACCAAUUGGACAAGUUGGUCUUUCUGAAGAACAGGCUAUACAAGAAUAUGGUGAUAUUGAUGUCUUCACAGCAAACUUCAGACCAUUAAAAGCUACUCUCUCAGGGCUUCCAGACCGCGUGUUCAUGAAACUUAUAGUAUGUGCAAAGACAAACAAGGUUCUGGGUUUGCACAUGUGUGGAGAAGAUGCGCCUGAAAUUGUGCAGGGAUUUGCGGUUGCUGUGAAAGCUGGCUUGACCAAGGCAGACUUUGACACAACAGUUGGUAUUCACCCAACAGCAGCAGAGGAGUUCGUCACAAUGAGGACACCUACUCGGAAGAUUAGAAAGAGCACUCCAUCAGAGGGAAUGACUGGUCCUGAGGUGAAAGCUGCCGCAGGGGUUUAGCAAGAAUCGAGUUUGAUUAAUCGACUGCACAGUGCAUGGGCCCGUUUAAGGUUGGGUUGCCAGUGAACAGUUUGUGAAGGAUUGAUAAAGAACUGGGACCGUACACCUGAUUGAACUUCAGUUGGAUGCAUUAACACAGAUUUCUUGUUUUGGCCAUUGAGAAGCACA